CGAUAGCAGCAGAUAUGCCUUCGCGCCCACGACCCAAGAGUAGGCUGAAGACUGGCGAUGGCGAGUACGGUUCCCCGAAGCCUAGCACGUCGACUGCCAGGUCUCAUGACUCCUCGACUGGUCCACGCAUAAGGAAGCGCGAGAGAGACGACGAAGAUGACGAUCAAUGUCCAUCUAUUCACAACGAUGCCACCGCCAAUGUCGUCGAAGGAAGUCCAAGCGCUUCAAACGUCGCAGCUGAAGACUUGCCAAUCAUCGAAGAGCCUGCUGGAGCUCAGUGCGCCCCGCACGAUCCUUCUCACACCGAGCCGGAGCAAGCCGAGAGCAGCCAGGCGCUUUCGUAUAACGCGUUCGGAAUCAUGCUGGGUCAACAUCAGCAAGAUUUUCGCGGGCGGAUGAUGCAAAAGUUGUACCUCUUAGGAUUUCCGAAGCCUAAUGUCCUUCUCGUACCUGCUUACACAGAAGAUCAGGCGCUCAAAUUCGACCUACCUCGCGAGCAGAGGCCCAGUGUGGCUAUUCACGCGGUCGUGCUGCUGGAGCACUCAUAUUUUCGCACCAUCCUGGAAGCAAGAUCCUUCCAUGAUCAAGCCUCAGAAGCCGAGGACGUGCGUACAACCCCGCGGAGUCUCGCGAAGCACUGGUGCGCGUCUGACGAGUAG